GAAUAUGACUUCGACACGUCGUAUUCGGAACUCUUAACUCGUCGAGUUAUAGCGUUUUUCGUUAUUUUUUACCUAAAAUACGCAUUAAUUUAUUUUUUGACGGUCAUAUGAUUGACAAUUGAUGAAUUGAACUAUCUAUGAAAUGGCUGCACCAAAUAUUUCUGAUGUGUCUCAUACACUAACAAUAUUAGAAGAUGAUUAUCUCUCUCAAUUUAUAACAAUUAAUACUGAAAAUAAAUGUAAGAACAGUGUUGUACAGCUUACUGCAGAAGAGCAGUUGAAAAAAUUGAAUAAAGGAUUAGAAUAUGUAGACCAACUUAUAUGUGAUCAGACUUAUGAUAACCAUGAAGAAUUAUUUAAUCAAGUGACUUGGACUGAAAAUUUAGAAUCUAUUAUAAAUGAAAUAUCAUCACAAAUCCAGAACUUGCAAUCAUCAAUUGAACUACUGAAGUGUAAAAUUGUAGAUUUAUUCGUUAAAGUUCAAACUCAAGUUAUCAUACUGAAUAGGUUACAUGCCAUUUGUGAUUUAUUAAGGAAAAUUAUGAGAACACAAAGUCUAACAUUACAAGCACUAGACAAAGAAAAUGUUAUGUCAUCUCAUUCAAUGUUAGAAAUUAAAGAACUAAUUGAAGAUAAAGAUUUGAAAGAAAUAACAUUUUUAAGCAAAGAUUUAAUUAAAUUAAGUAACUUUUGUGAAAAAAAAAGUAUGAUUGGCUUAAAAUGACACAAAUUUGUUAUUUGUUAUUUAUAUAUUUUGUAAUCAAUCUUAGUUCUUAUGGUUAAUAUGUAUUAUAAUGUAUAAGAUUUCCUUUACGUUUUCUGUUUUCUGUUUAAUGUGUUUAUUAUACUCUAAUAAAAUUAUAAUAUUUAUUAAA